GAAUGCAAAAUUAUUACAUUGUCAAUUCAAAUAUAACAAAACUAAACUAAAAAGAAUAAGAGAAAUAUGGGUUUCACAGAGAAUCAAGAGGCUUUAGUGAAUAGCUCAUGGGAAUCAUUCAAACAAAACCUUCCUGGCUAUAGUGUUUUCUUCUACACUACUAUAUUAGAGAAAGCACCUGCAGCAAAGGGUAUGUUCUCUUUUCUUAAGGACUCAACGGGAGUACAAGAUAGUCCCCAACUCCAAGCUCACGCUGAAAAAGUUUUUGGAAUGGUGCGUGACGCGGCAGUUCAACUUCGAGCAACAGGAGAAGUAGUUUUAGGAGAUGCUACAUUGGGUUCUAUUCACAUUCAAAAGGGAGUUGUUGAUCCUCAUUUUGUGGUGGUUAAAGAAGCUUUGCUAAAAACAAUUAAGGAAGUUGUGGGAGACAAGUGGAGUGAAGAACUUAGCACAUCUUGGGAAGUUGCUUAUGAUGGAUUGGCAAGUGCAAUUAAGAAAGCAAUGAGUUAAAAUUGAGAUAAUCUAUUGUUAUAAAUAAAUUUAAUAAAUAAAACUUGUAUCACUAAAAAUUGUAAACAAGUAAACAACUUUUUAUAAUAAAUAUUGCUAAAAGUAAGUUAUAUAUGUAAUAUUGUUAUUGUUUAAAUUA